GGCCGGCGACGGCGCUGCGUCACGGGCUUUCAGGCGCUUCGCUCUUGGAGACGGCGACGGCUGUGGGCCUUGGCUCUGGCCUCCCGCGCCCUGGGAGUCAGGUCGGUGGCGCGAUGAGGCGCAGCAAGGCCGACGUGGAGCGGUACAUCGCCUCGGUGCAGGGUUCCGUCCCAUCGCCCCGAGAGAAGUCAAUGAAAGGAUUCUAUUUUGCAAAGCUGUAUUAUGAAGUUAAAGAAUAUGAUCUUGCUAAAAAAUAUAUAACUGCAUAUAUUAAUGUGCAAGAAAGAGAUCCCAAAGCUCACCGAUUUCUUGGUCUUCUUCAUGAAGUGGAGGAAAAUAUAGACAAAGCUGUUGAAUGUUACAAGCGUUCGGUGGAAUUAAACCCAACACAAAAAGAUCUUGUUUUGAAGAUUGCAGAAUUGCUUUGUAAAAAUGAUGUUACUGAUGGAAGAGCAAAAUACUGGGUUGAAAGAGCAGCCAAACUUUUCCCAGGAAGUCCUGCAAUUUAUAAACUGAAGGAGCAGCUUUUAGAUUGCAGAGGUGAAGAUGGAUGGAAUAAACUUUUUGACUUGAUUCAGUCAGAACUUUAUGCAAGACCUGAUGAUGUCUAUGUGAACAUCCGACUAGUAGAACUGUAUCGCUCAAAUAAAAGAUUGAAGGAUGCUGUGGGCCACUGCCAUGAGGCAGAGAAAAACAUAGCUCUGCGUUCAAGUUUAGAAUGGAAUUCAUGUGUUGUACAGACCCUUAAGGAAUAUCUGGAAUCUUUACAGUGUUUGGAGUCUGAUAAAAGUAACUGGCAAACUACUAAUAAAGAUUUACUUCUGGCCUAUGCUAACCUUAUGCAUCUUACGCUCUCCACUAGAGAUGUGCAAGAAAGUAGAGAAUUAUUGGAAAGUUUUGAUAGUGCUCUUCAGUCUGUGAAAUCUUAUGUGGGUGGAAAUGAUGAACUCUCAACUACCUUCUUAGAAGUAAAAGGACAUUUCUACAUGCAUGCUGGUUCUCUGCUUCUGAAGAUGGGUCAGCAUAGUGAAGUGCAAUGGCGAGCUCUCUCUGAGCUGGCUACAUUGUGCUAUCUCAUAGCAUUUCAGGUUCCAAGACCAAAGAUUAAGUUAAUAAAAGGAGAAGUUGGACAAAAUCUGGUGGAAAUGAUGGCCUCUGAUCGUCUAAGCCAAUCAGGACACAUGCUGCUAAACUUAAGUCGUGACAAGCAAGAUUUUUUAAAAGAGGUUGUAGAAUCCUUUGCCAAUAAAAGUGGGCAGUCUGCAUUGUAUGAUGCUCUGUUUUCUAGUCAGUCACCUAAGGAUAGAUCUUUUCUUGGUAAUGAUGAUAUUGGAAACAUUGAUGUACGAGCGCCAGAGCCUGAUGAUUUGGCUAGAUAUGAUGUUGGUGCCAUUCGAGCACAUAAUGGUAGUCUUCAGCACCUUACCUGGCUUGGCUUACAAUGGAAUUCGUUGUCUGCCUUACCUGCAGUUCGGAAAUGGCUAAAGCAGCUGUUUCAUCAUUUGCCCCAGGAGACCUCAAGACUUGAAACAAAUGCACCCGAAUCAAUAUGUAUUUUAGAUCUUGAAGUAUUUCUACUUGGAGUAAUAUAUACCAGCCACUUACAAUUAAAGGAGAAAUGUAGUUCUCAUUGUAGCUUCUAUCAGCCACUAUGCUUGCCACUUCCUGUUUGUAAACAGCUUUGUACAGAAAGACAAAAAUCUUGGUGGGAUGCAGUUUGUAAUCUAAUUCACAGAAAAACAAUACCUGGAACCACAGCAAAAUUGAGACUUCUAGUUCAGCAUGACAUAAACACACUAAGGGGCCAGGAAAAGCAUGGCCUUCAGCCUGCCCUGCUCGUGCAUUGGGCAAAAUGCCUCCAGAAAACGGGCAGCGGUCUUAAUUCUUUUUAUGAUCAACGGGAAUACAUAGGCAGAAGUGUUCAUUAUUGGAAAAAAGUUUUGCCAAUGUUGAAGACAAUCAAAAAGAAGAGCAGUAUUCCUGAACCUACGGACCCUCUGUUUAAACAUUUUCAUAGUGCAGACAUUCAGGCAUCUGAAGUUGGUGAAUACGAGGAAGAAGCACACAUAACAUUUGCUAUAUUGGAUGUAGUUAAUGGAAAUAUAGAAGAUGCUAUGACUGCUUUUGAAUCUAUAAAAAACGUUGUUUCUUACUGGAAUCUUGCACUGAUUUUUCACAGAAAAGCAGAAGACAUUGAAAAUGAUGCCCUUUCUCCUGAAGAACAAGAAGAGUGCAAAAAUUGCCUGAGAAAGGCCAGGGACUACCUAAUAAAGAUUUUAGAUGACAGUGAUUCCAAUCUUUCAGUGGCCAAGAAGUUGCCUGUGCCAGUGGAGUCUGUAAAAGAGAUGCUUAACUCGGUCAUGCAGGAACUUGAUGACUAUAGUGAAGGAGGUCCUUUUUAUAAAAAUGGUUCUUUGCGAAAUGCAGAUUCAGAAAUAAAACAUUCUACACCAUCUCCCAGCAUAUAUUCUCUAUCACCAAGUAAAAGUUACAAGUAUUCUCCCAAAACACCACCUCGAUGGGCAGAAGAUCAAAAUUCUUUAUUGAAAAUUAUCUGCCAACAAGUAGAGGCCAUUAAGAAAGAAAUGCAGGAGUUGAAACUACAUAGUAGUAAUUCAGGGUCCCCUCAUCGUUGGCCUCCAGAGAAUUAUGGACCAGAUUCAGUGCCUGAUGGAUAUCAGGGAUCACAGACUUUUCAUGGGGCUCCACUAACAGUUGCAACUACUGGCCCUUCAGUAUAUUAUAGUCAGUCACCAGCAUAUAAUUCCCAGUAUCUUCUCAGACCAGCAGCUAAUGUUACUCCCACAAAGGGUCCGGUUUAUGGCAUGAAUAGGCUUCCACCUCAACAACAUAUAUAUGCCUAUUCCCAACAGAUGCACACACCACCAGUCCAAAGCUCAUCUGCUUGUAUGUUCUCUCAAGAGAUGUAUGGUCCUCCAUUGCGUUUUGAGUCUCCUGCAACAGGAAUUCUAUCACCCAGGGGUGAUGAUUACUUUAAUUACAAUGUUCAACAGACAAGCACAAAUCCACCUUUGCCAGAGCCAGGUUAUUUCACAAAACCCCCAGUUGCAGCUCAUGCUUCAAGACCUGCAGAAUCUAAGGUUAUUGAAUUUGGAAAAUCUAAUUUUGUUCAGCCUGUGCCAGGUGAAGGAAUAAGACCAUCUUUGACAGCACCUGCACAUACAACACAGCCAACUCCUUUUAAAUUUAACUCAAAUUUCAAGUCAAAUGAUGGUGACUUUACCUUUUCUUCACCGCAGGUUGUAACACAACCCCCUUCUACAGCUUACAAUAAUAACGAAAGCCUUUUAGGUCUCUUAACUUCAGAUAAACCUUUGCAAGGAGAUGGCUACAGUGGACCAAAAGCUAGUCAAACCAUUGGACCUCGAAAUACGUUCAGUUUUGGAAGCAAAAAUGUGCCUGGAAUUUCAUUUACUGAAAACAUGGGUUCAAAUCAGCAAAAGAAUUCUGGUUUUCGUCGAAGUGAUGACAUGUUUACUUUCCAUGGUCCAGGGAAAUCAGUAUUUGGAACACCUGCACCGGAGCUGGCCAACAAGAGUCAUGAAACAGAUGGAGGGAGUGCCCAUGGUGAUGAUGAUGAUGAUGGCCCUCACUUUGAGCCUGUGGUACCUCUUCCUGAUAAGAUUGAAGUAAAAACUGGUGAGGAAGAUGAAGAAGAGUUCUUUUGCAAUCGUGCAAAAUUGUUUCGUUUUGAUGCGGAAUCCAAAGAAUGGAAGGAACGUGGAAUUGGUAAUGUAAAAAUCCUCAGGCAUAAAACAUCUGGUAAAAUUCGCCUUCUCAUGAGACGAGAGCAAGUAUUGAAAAUCUGUGCAAAUCAUUACAUCAGUCCGGAUAUGAAACUGACACCAAACGCUGGCUCCGACAGAUCUUUUGUAUGGCAUGCUCUUGAUUACGCUGAUGAGUUGCCCAAACCAGAACAGCUGGCUAUUAGAUUCAAAACUCCCGAGGAGGCAGCACUUUUUAAGUGCAAGUUUGAAGAGGCCCAGAACAUUUUAAAAGCCUUAGGAGCAAAUGUAGCCACAACAACAAAUCAGGCUAUGAGAAUUGUAAAAGAACCCACAAGUCAUGAUAACAAAGAUAUUUGCAAAUCUGAUGCUGGAAACAUGAAUUUUGAAUUUCAGAUUGCAAAGAAAGAAGGGUCGUGGUGGCAUUGUGGCAGCUGCUCAUUAAAGAAUGCUGCAACUGCUAAGAAGUGUGUAUCAUGCCAGAAUCUAAACCCAAACAAGAAAGAACUCCUUGGCCCACCAUUAGUUGAAACCGUGUCUGCUCUUACAGCUGGCCUAGAAAAUACACCAGAUAGAUUUGCAUCAACGACUCCAAAGAAAGAAGGUCACUGGGAUUGUAGUAUUUGCUUAGUGAGAAAUGAACCUACUGUAUCUAGGUGCAUUGCAUGCCAGAAUGCGAAGGCUGCUAACAAGAGUGGAUCUUCAUUUGUUCAGCAAGCUUCAUUUAAAUUUGGCCAGGGAGAUCAUCCUAAGUCUGUUAACAGUGAUUUCAGAUCUGUUUUUUCUACAAAGGAAGGACAGUGGGAUUGCAGUGUAUGCCUCAUACAAAAUGAAGGAAGUUCUACAAAGUGUGCUACCUGUCAGAAUCCAAGAAAACAGAAUUUACCUACUUCUUCUGUUUCAACUCCUGCUGCCUUUAAGUUUGGUACUUCAGAAAUAAGUAAAACCCCAAAGAGUGGAUUUGAGGACAUGUUUGCUAAGAAGGAAGGACAGUGGGAUUGCAGUUGCUGCUCAUUACGAAAUGAAGCAAGUGCUACAGUAUGUGUUGCUUGUCGGAAUCCAGGUAAAUUGAGUCUAUCCACCUCUGUUGUUCCAGCACCUGCCUCUUUUAAGUUUAGUACUUCAGAGACAAGCAAAGCUCCAAAGAGUGGAUUUGAAGGCAUGUUCACCAAGAAGGAAGGACAGUGGGAUUGCAGUAUUUGCUUAGUGCGAAAUGAGGCAAGCGCUACCACCUGUGUUGCUUGCCAGACUCCAAGUAAACAAAAUCAGCCUACUUCUGCUGUUCUAGCGCCUGCCUCAUCAGAUACAUGCAAGGCUCCAAAGAGUGGAUUUGAAGGCAUGUUCACCAAGAAGGAAGGACAGUGGGAUUGCAGCGUUUGCUUAGUGCGAAAUGAGGCAAGCACUACCACCUGUGUUGCUUGCCAGAAUCCAAGUAAACAAAAUCAGCCUAUUUCUGCUGUUCUAGCUCCUGCCUCGUCAGAUACAUGCAAGCCUCCAAAGGGUGGAUUUGAAGGCAUGUUCACCAAGAAGGAAGGACAGUGGGAUUGCAGCGUUUGCUUAGUGCGAAAUGAGGCAAGCGCUACCACCUGUGUUGCUUGCCAGACUCCAAGUAAACAAAAUCAGCCUACUUCUGCUGUUCUAGCGCCUGCCUCAUCAGAUACAUGCAAGGCUCCAAAGAGUGGAUUUGAAGGCAUGUUCACCAAGAAGGAAGGACAGUGGGAUUGCAGCGUUUGCUUAGUGCGAAAUGAGGCAAGCGCUACCACCUGUGUUGCUUGCCAGACUCCAAGUAAACAAAAUCAGCCUACUUCUGCUGUUCUAGCCCCUGCCUCGUCAGAUACAUGCAAGCCUCCAAAGGGUGGAUUUGAAGGCAUGUUCACCAAGAAGGAAGGACAGUGGGAUUGUAGCAUUUGCUUUGUGCAAAAUGAGAGUUCUUCCUUAAAAUGUGUGGCUUGUGAUGCCUCUAAACCAACUCAUAAACCUAUUGCAGAAGCUCCUUCAGCUUUCACUUUGGGCUCAAAAACUAAGUUAAAUGACUCUUCUGGAAGUCAAGUUGGAACAGGAUUUAAAAGUAACUUUUCUGAAAAAGGUUUUAAAUUUGGUACCGCAGAACAAGGAUUUAAAUUUGGGCAUGUGGAUCAAGAAAGUACACCUUCAUUUACAUUUCAGGGUUCUUCUAAUACAGAUUCUAAGUCAACAAAAGAAGGAUUUAGUUUUUCUGUCCCUAUGUCUGCUGAUGGAUUUAAAUUUGGCAUUCAGGAGUCUGGAAUUCAAGAGAAGAAAAGUGAAAAGCCCCUUGAAAAUGACACUGGUGUUCAAGUUCAGGAUAUCAGUAGUCAGAAGAAUGGUAGUAGUGUAAUUUUUGGUCAAACUGGUAGCAAUUUUACCUUUGCAGAUCUAGCAAAAUCAACUUCAGGAGAAGGAUUUCAGUUUGGCAAAAAAGACCCUAAUUUCAAGGGAUUUUCAGGUGCAGGAGAAAAAUUAUUCUCAUCACAAAGUGGUAAAAUGGCUGAUAAAGCUGACACUUCUGCUGACCUUGAGAAAGAUGAUGAUGCCUAUCGGACCGAGGACAGUGAUGACAUCCAUUUUGAACCAGUAGUUCAGAUGCCUGAAAAAGUAGAACUUGUAACAGGAGAAGAAGAUGAAAAAGUUCUUUAUUCACAGCGGGUAAAAUUAUUUAGGUUUGAUGCUGAGAUAAGUCAGUGGAAAGAAAGGGGUCUGGGGAACUUAAAAAUUCUCAAGAAUGAAGUCAAUGGCAAACUAAGAAUGCUUAUGCGAAGAGAACAGGUACUAAAAGUGUGUGCUAAUCAUUGGAUAACAACUACGAUGAACUUGAAGCCUCUCUCUGGGUCCGAUAGAGCAUGGAUGUGGUUAGCGAGUGAUUUUUCUGAUGGUGAUGCCAAACUAGAGCAGCUGGCAGCAAAAUUUAAAACACCAGAGCUGGCUGAAGAAUUCAAGCAGAAAUUUGAGGAAUGCCAGCGACUUCUAUUAGAUAUACCACUUCAAACUCCUCAUAAACUUGUAGACACUGGCAGAGCUGCCAAGUUAAUCCAGAGAGCAGAAGAAAUGAAGAGUGGAUUAAAAGAUUUCAAAACGUUUUUGACAAAUGAUCAAACAAAAGUCACUGAUGGAGAGAGUGAAUCCUCUGAUGCAGGUGCUGCCAGUGCCUCUGAUACAACCAGCAAGCCAAACCCUGAAAACACAGGGCCCACACUGGAGUGGGACAACUAUGAUUUAAGGGAAGAUGCUUUGGAUGAUAGUGUGAGUAGUAGCUCAGUACAUGCUUCUCCACUGGCAAGUAGCCCCGUGAGGAAAAAUCUCUUUCGCUUUGGUGAGUCAACAACAGGAUUUAACUUCAGUUUUAAGUCUGCUUUGAGUCCAUCUAAGUCUCCUGCCAAAUUGAACCAGAGUGGGACCUCAGUUGGCACUGAUGAAGAAUCUGAUGUUACUCAGGAAGAAGAGAGAGAUGGCCAGUACUUUGAACCUGUUGUACCUUUACCUGAUCUAGUGGAAGUGUCCAGUGGUGAGGAAAAUGAACAAGUUGUUUUUAGUCACAGAGCAAAACUCUAUAGAUAUGAUAAAGAUGUUGGUCAGUGGAAAGAAAGAGGCAUUGGUGAUAUAAAGAUUUUACAGAAUUAUGAUAAUAAGCAAGUUCGAAUAGUGAUGAGAAGGGACCAGGUGUUAAAACUUUGUGCCAAUCACAGAAUAACUCCAGAUAUGACUUUGCAAAAUAUGAAAGGGACAGAACGAGUGUGGGUGUGGACUGCUUGUGAUUUUGCAGAUGGGGAAAGAAAAGUAGAACAUUUAGCUGUCCGUUUUAAACUACAGGAUGUUGCAGAUUCCUUUAAGAAAAUAUUUGAUGAAGCAAAAAUAGCCCAAGAAAAAGAUUCUUUGAUAACACCUCAGGUUUCUCGUUCAACCACUCCUAGAGAGUCACCAUGUGGCAAAAUUGCUGUUGCUGUAUUAGAAGAAACCACAAGAGAAAGGACAGAUUUAAUUCAGGGUGACGACACAGCAGAUGCAACUUCAGAAGUUGGAGAAGUGUCUAGCACAUCUGAAGCAACAACAAAAGCAGUGGUUUCUCCUCCAAAGUUUGUAUUUGGUUCGGAGUCCGUUAAAAGUAUUUUUAGUAGUGAAAAAUCAAAACCAUUUGCAUUUGGCAACAGUUCAGCCACUGGGUCUUUGUUUGGAUUUAGUUUUAAUGCACCUUUGAAAAAUAGUGGUGAAAUUAGUUCAGUAGUCAAGAGUGGAUCUGAAAGAAAAGUGGAACCUAAUUGCAAAGAGUCGAAGAAUUCAGAUAGCAAACAGUCUUCAGAUGGCAAAGUCAGAAAUCUCCUUGCUUUUCCAAAGGAAGAGUCCUCAACUAAUUACACCUUUAAAACACCAGAAAAGGGAUUUAAUUUUAGCCUUUUUAAAUCUAAUCCAAUGGCUUUUUGGACCAGCAUCCCUUCCUCACAGCCUGAGAAUGAAGCAAAAGAGAAGGUAAAACCUGAAGAUCCUCCCUCAGAUGAUGAUGUUCUUAUUGUAUAUGAGUUAACACCCACCCCUGAGCAAAAAGAUCUUGCAAGCAAACUUAAACUUCCUCCAACUUUCUUCUGCUAUAAGAAUAAACCAGAUUAUAUUAGUGAAGAAGAAGAGGAUGAUGAAGAUUUCGAAACAGCUGUCAAGAAACUUAAUGGAAAACUAUAUCUGGAUGACUCAGAAAAAUGUAGACCAUUAGAAGAAAAGCUAACAGAUAAUGAAAAAGAAUGUGUUAUUGUUUGGGAAAAGAAACCAACAGUUGAAGAGAAGGCAAAAGCAGAUACAUUAAAACUUCCACCUACAUUUUUUUGUGGAGUCUGCAGUGAUACUGAUGAAGACAAUGGAAAUGGGGAAGACUUUCAGUCAGAAUUUCAAAAAGUUCAGGACUCUCAAAAAUCCCAGAGUGAAGAAAUAGCUAACACGGCUGACAGUAUGUAUACAGGUGGGAGCAAAGUGACUGCACCAUUUUUAUGUAAAUCUGAAGAACCUGAUUUUAUUACCAAAUCUGUUAGUUCACCACCUGUUUCUUCUGGAACUGUGGAUAAACCUGUAGAUUUGUCUACUAGAAAGGAAAAUGAUGCAGAUUCUACAAGCCAAGUGGAAUGCAAAACAGUUUCAUUUGGAUUUGGAAGUAGCGCAGGGCUGUCAUUUGCAGACUUGGCUUCCAGUAAUUCUGGGGAUUUUGCUUUUGGUUCUAAAGAUAAGAAUUUCCAGUGGGCAAAUACUGGAGCAGCUGUGUUUGGAGCACAGUCAACCAGUAAAGUUGGCGAAGAGGAAGAUGGUAGUGAUGAAGAAGUAGUUCACAAUGAAGAUAUCCAUUUUGAACCAAUAGUGUCAUUACCUGAGGUAGAAGUAAAAUCUGGAGAAGAAGAUGAAGAAAUUUUAUUUAAAGAGAGAGCCAAACUCUAUAGAUGGGAUCGAGAGGUCAGUCAGUGGAAAGAGCGUGGUGUAGGAGACAUAAAGAUUCUUUGGCAUACAAUGAAGAAUUACUACCGGAUCCUAAUGAGAAGAGAUCAGGUUUUUAAAGUGUGUGCAAACCAUGUCAUCACCAAAACAAUGGAAUUAAAACCCUCGAAUGUUUCGAACAAUGCUUUAGUUUGGACUGCCUCAGAUUAUGCUGAUGGAGAAGCCAAAGUGGAACAGCUUGCAGUAAGGUUUAAAACCAAAGAAAUGGCUGAUUGUUUUAAAAAAAAAUUUGAAGAAUGUCAACAGAAUUUAUUGAAACUCCAGAAAGGACAAGUAUCACUGACAGCAGAGUUAUCGAAGGAGACAAAUCCUGUGGUGUUUUUUGAUGUUUGCGCAGACGAUGAACCUCUAGGACGUAUAACCAUGGAAUUAUUUUCAAACAUUGUUCCUCAGACUGCAGAGAACUUCAGAGCACUCUGCACUGGAGAGAAAGGCUUUGGCUUCAAGAACUCCAUUUUUCACAGAGUAAUUCCAGAUUUUGUUUGCCAAGGGGGAGAUAUCACCAAACAUGAUGGAACAGGAGGACGAUCUAUCUAUGGAGAUAAAUUUGAAGAUGAAAAUUUUGAUGUGAAACAUACUGGUCCUGGCUUACUAUCAAUGGCCAAUCGAGGCCAGGAUACCAAUAAUUCUCAGUUUUUUAUAACACUGAAAAAAGCAGAACAUUUGGACUUUAAGCAUGUAGUAUUUGGGUUUGUUAAGGAUGGCAUGGAUACUGUGAAAAAGAUUGAAUCAUUUGGCUCUCCUAAAGGGUCUGUUAGUCGAAGAAUUAGUAUCACAGAAUGUGGACAGAUAUAAAAUCAUUGUUUUUUCUAGUAAAUUUUACCUGUAUAAACAGUUGAAUUGAAGCUUAGCUGUUGUGACAAUAUGGUAAUAAUUAUGUUCAGCUUUUGAAAAUGGACGUUUCCAAUGUAUAAAUGUACAAUUGCAGCUUAUAGCUGUUGUCACUUUUUAAUGUGUUAUAAUUGACCUUGCAUGGUGUGAAAUAAAAGUUUAAACACUGGUGUAAAUCAGGUGUACUUGUGUUUAUGUACUCCUGACAUAUCUGUAUUAAAAUGAAAUAAUACUAAUCUUGUUAAAAGCAAUAGACCUUCUCAAACUAUUGAAGGAAUAUGAUAUAUGCAAUUUAAUUUUACCUUUUAAGAUACUGGAUUUCCUGCAUGGAUAAAUUUACCAUUUGAAUAAAGGGACCACAACUUGGAUAAUUUUUAUUUUAGAUUUGAAAUAUAUUUGGUAAUUUUAAAUAUUGAUGUGCUCAUUUAUGCAUAGAGACUCACUUAUGAAUGGGUAGAGCCACAGAGGGUAGAGACUUAACCAAAGUGCUCUUCUAUAAUCCUUGCACCUCCUGUAUAGUUAAAUUAACUUUUAAGUAGAGUACCUUCUUUUCUUAAAUGAUAUGUAGUUUCCUGUGCCCUUUCAAAGGUAUUAAAUUAAUUUUUACAUUUUAAA